GCACAAGAUACUGCCCAGCAAGAUGGUGACAGAGAAAGAGACCUUGAGCUUAAGCAAAUGCCCAGACAAGAUGCCGAAGAGGACCAAGCUGAGGGCGCCCCAGUCGCUCCCAAGCCACCAGGCCCACUCCCUGGUCUCCGAAGGCUUCACAGUCAAAGCCAUGAUGAAAAACUCAGUCGUGAGAGGCCCCCCAGCUGCAGGGGCGUUUAAAGAAAGACCGACCAAGCCCACGGCUUUCCGGAAAUUCUAUGAGCGUGGAGAUUUCCCAAUCGCCCUUGAGCAUGACUCCAAAGGCAACAAAAUCGCCUGGAAGGUCGAAAUCGAGAAGCUGGAUUACCAUCACUACCUGCCCCUGUUCUUUGAUGGACUCUGUGAGAUGGCAUUUCCUUAUGAGUUCUUUGCACGGCAAGGCAUCCACGACAUGCUAGAGCACGGGGGAAACAAGAUCCUGCCUGUCAUCCCACAGCUCAUCAUUCCCAUCAAAAAUGCACUGAACCUCCGGAACCGGCAAGUCAUCUGUGUUACCCUCAAAGUCCUCCAGCAUCUGGUGGUGUCUGCUGAGAUGGUGGGAGAAGCUUUGGUACCCUAUUACCGUCAGAUUCUCCCCAUCCUGAACAUAUUUAAGAAUAUGAACGUGAAUUCAGGAGACGGGAUCGACUACAGCCAGCAGAAGAGGGAGAACAUCGGUGACCUGAUCCAGGAGACACUGGAAGUCUUCGAGCGCUACGGAGGGGAGGAUGCCUUCAUCAACAUCAAGUACAUGGUCCCGACCUAUGAAUCGUGCUUGCUAAAUUAAUGUGGCCCCGGUGGCAUGGGAGCCAGGCCCCCCCCCACAGCACCCUGCCCAUCUGUCUCCACUGCUUGGAGCAUCUCAUUGUUCUUCCCCAUGGCUGGCGUCUCUCCAGCUGCUGACAUCGUGGCCCAUGGACCAUGGGACGGUGAGCCCUAUUGAGAACAAGGCUUCCCAAAUCCAUAAAUAGUGCCUGUUUCUUAGACUACAAUAGUGUACUGUGCUUAUUUGUUCUCGGAGAAGAAUCGCUGCUUUCUACGGCUCACACAGACUCAGGAGACCCGGGUCAACCUUCCGUUGUAUAGACAAUAAAAACUCGAAUUUUCAUAUGCAA